AUGUUCCUGCGAACCAGCAAGCAUUGCUGUCAGCGAGAAAGCCAGCCAGCCAGUGUUUCUGCCAGCCUGCCAGCCAGCCAGCCAGUGUUCUUGCUAGCCAACCUGUGUUCCAGCAGGGCAGCCUGCGUUCCUAUCAGCCACCCUGUGUACCUGCCAGCCAGCCUGUGUUCCUGCCAGCCAUCCAUCGUUCCUGCCAGCCAGCCCGCCGGAAAUCCAGUGUUCCUGCCAGCCAGCCAGCGUUCCUGCCAGCCAGCGUGCGUUCCUGCCAGCCAGCCUGUGUUCCUCCCAGCCAGCCUGCGUUCCUGCCAGCCAGCCGGUGUUCCAGCCAGCCAGCCAGCAUUCCUGCCAGCUGGCGUCCCUGCCAGUCAUCCAGCCAGUGUUCCUGCCAGCCAGCCUGCAUUCCUGCUAGCCAGUCUGCAUUACUCCCAAUCAGCCUGUGUUCCUGCCAGCCAGCCUGCCUUUCACCCAGCCAGCCUGCAUUCCUGCCAGCCAGCCUGUGUUCCUACCAGCCAGGCUGCGUUCCUGCCAGCCAGCCUGGGUUCCUGCCAGCCAGCCAGCGUUCCUGCCAAGCAGCGUUCCUCCCAGGCUGCCAUCCAGCCAACCAGUGUUGCUGCCAGCCAGCCUGUGUUCCAGCCAGGCAGCCAUCGUUCCUACCAGCCAGCCUGUGUUCCUGCCAGCCUGCCUGUGUUCCUGACAGGCAUUUAG